AUGACGAAGCGCACCAAGAAGGUCGGCAUCACCGGUAAAUAUGGUACCAGAUACGGUGCCUCCCUGCGUAAGCAGGUGAAGAAGAUGGAAGUCACCCAGCACGCCCGCUACGUCUGCACUUUCUGCGGAAAGAACACCGUCAAGCGCAAGGCUGUCGGUAUCUGGGAGUGCAAGGGCUGCGACAAGACUGUUGCCGGCGGUGCUUACACCGUCUCCACCCCCGCUGCCGCUGCCACCCGCUCCACCAUCCGUCGUCUGCGUGAGAUCGCUGAGGUCUAA